UACCUAAAUUCAAAGCUGUACUUAAUGGCAAAGACAAGCACUGAUAGGUAGUGUGUUAUUGGUUGUCAGGAUGGGCCUUUUGCAAGGUGUGUUAGUGUUGGUUGUGCUUGUAGUAUUUGACCUGAAGAAUGCAUGGGGAAGUUUGAAACACAGUCAAAGUCCAAGCAGCAUGAAGCCACAGUCAGAUCCAGCUUCCAGAGGUCCUGCUCUUUCUUCUCAAGGGUUUUUGAACCCUUUGCAAAAGACUUCUCAUUUUCAGAGUCUGGACUCAAGAGGAUUUGCGCAAGAGCCUCUUGGUUCUCAAGAAAAGCAACUGUUGCAGGGUUCAGUCAAGCCUCUGGACUGGAGGUUUCCCAUCGUUCCAGAGUUGCAAAGGGAGUUGGCUGUGGAUUUGAAGUUGAGGCAACCUGUGACUCCCAGUAGUGUGGCUGUUCAAUGCAGUGAGAACCAGGUUCUUGUAGAGGUAAAGAAGGAUUUGUUUAGCAAUGGUCAACUGAUCCAGCCAUCUGGUUUGUCUAUGGGAGGCUGUCCUGUUGUUGGUGAGGACUCUGUCUCUGGGGUGCUCAUCUUUGAAUAUGAACUACAGGACUGCAAUAGUGUGCUGAUGAUGACUGAGAAUGAGCUUGUCUACACCUUUGCUCUUACCUACACUCCUGUGGCAUUUGCUGGCACUCCAAUUACCCGUGCUGAGGGUGCAGUUGUUGGUGUUCAAUGCCACUAUCAAAGAUACUGUAAUGUGAGCAGUAAUGCCUUGAGGCCAGCUUGGAUUACUUAUGCCUCAACAAAGUUUGGCGAGGACAUCUUGUUGUUCACCCUGAAGCUCAUGAUGGAUGACUGGUCCUAUCAGAGGCCUUCAAACGUGUACUUCCUGGGUGACAUUAUUAAUAUUGAGGCAUCUGUGAAUGGGUACGAACACGUCCCGUUGCGUGUGUUUGUGGACGGCUGUGUGGCCACCCAAGUACCUGAUGUGAAUGCUCUUCCGAGAUACUCCUUCAUUGAGAAUCAUGGGUGCCUUGUGGAUGCCAAGGCUACAGCGUCCAGCUCCCGCUUCAUGCCUCGAACCCAGGAAGACAAGAUCCGGUUCCAGCUGGAGACCUUCAGGUUUCAGGGUGGAGACAGUCCUUCUAUCUACAUAACAUGUACUGUGAAGGCCACCCUUGCUUCUGCACCCAGUGAUGCUCUCCACAAAUCCUGUUCCUUUGCCAACGGGUGGCUUGCUGCUGAUGGGAACCACCAGGCUUGUGGUUGCUGUGACUCAACAUGUGGUCCUGAUGGUGGAAAUGCUGCUCCUAUUGGGGGUGUUCAAUGGGAAGGCAAUGCCUCACUCGGUCCUGUAAUGGUUCAAGAACGACAGAAGACUUUAGCUGGUUUUCAAUAAAUGGGGAAACCCUGUUCUUGCUUCUGGUUGUGUAGUUUUAACUAAUUUUGAAUGUGCUGUAGCUGUGGGGAAACUGGUAGUCAUGCUAUACUGGUUUUUCUUUCUAGAAGGAAAAGCUCCCUUUUUCUCAGUAGGGAAGUUAACUUAACCUUUAAAGAGACCUGUGAACUUGGUUUAACAAUACAGUGGAGUCUGUUGCCCUUGAUGCUAUAAAUUGUUCUGCCAAUUGGAGUCUGUGCCCUAAGUUCCACUUGAACACCCACUUCCCUGAAGCACUGCAGAGAUUUUGUAUGCAUCUUAUGUUGUGAACUUACUGCUUUCUAUAUUGGUUAAAUUCAAAUGAGGUUUUUCUCCUUGCAUCACCAAAUAAAAUUUCAGUUUUAAA